GACAGGAAUCAAAACAAGAUGGAGGCCUUUCAUGAAGCAGGAUUAAGGUGCCUUUCACUGGGAGACCUUUCACGCUGGCAAAUCAGGAGACAUGUUGUGAAUAAAUUAACUGGAAGUCAAGACUCCAUGAUAAAUAUUCAAGGAAAGAGUUCUCAGAUCCCCAAGCAACGUGAUUCUUCCUGCCAAGUGGGAGCAGGGGAAUCCAUUCAGCCUUCUGUAGAUGACAGCUAUCUAGUGAAUCUUAUAGGGGAUCAUUCCAAUGUUAUUGAAAAUCAAGAAUUUCCAACUAUGACAGCUCAAAAUUCUUGGAGUAAAAUAUAUCUGAAUGAGACACAGAAUUAUCAGAGAAGUUGUAAGCAGACUCAGAUGAAAAACAAAUUAUGUGUAUUUGCUCCAUGUGUUGACAUUUUCAGUAGCAUUUCACACUACUGUGAUGAUAAUAUACUGCACAAAAGAGAUAAAGCUCACAGCAACAAUGAUUGUUAUAAAGACACCUUGAAGGUAUCACCUCUUACCCAGCAUAGUAUUCACACGGGACAGAAAACCUACCAGCGUAAUGAAUGUGAAAAAGCUUUCCGUGAUAGCCCCAGUCUUGAACUUCAUCAGCAGGUCCACUUGGGAAAGAAGUCCCCUACAUGUCCUAUACACGAGAAGGACACCAGUUAUAGCUCUCGUAUUCCUAUCAUUCACACUGGAGAGAAACCAUUCAGAUGUGAGGAGUGUGGGAAGGAAUUCAGCUGGAGUGCCGGCCUCAGUGCUCAUCAGCGGGUCCACACAGGAGAGAAACCCUAUACGUGUCAGCAGUGUGGGAAGGGCUUCAGUCAGGCCUCACAUUUUCACACACAUCAGCGGGUCCACACUGGAGAGAGGCCUUACAUAUGUGAUGUCUGUUGUAAGGGCUUCAGUCAGAGGUCACAUCUCGUCUACCAUCAGAGGGUCCACACUGGAGGGAAGCUAUAGAAGUGUGAGGUGUGCUGAAGCCUUCAGUUAGAGUUCACAUCUUCCUCUUCUUUAGAAAACCCACGCUGAUGAUUGUGAAAAGUUCCUUCAGAACUCAGGAUGUUCAAAGAAUCUUCAUGGGAAAGAUGCUUUCUAAAAUGCUGUGUUUUAAGGACUCAGUUGGGAGGUAAAUUCUUUACCAAACAUGACAUUUCACAGAGGAGAGAAAACUAUUUGUUCUAUAAAUAUGAUCAUUAUUUAUACAACAGCUGUAAAGUGUCUCAGUUCUCAAGAUGUGACACAGCAGAAGAAUCUUGACAUUCCAGGAGAAAGCGGCCUUAGAAAUGAAGAUUAUUGGCAGGACUUCAGCAAAAGUUUAAUGAUUAACAAAACUGACACCAACUAAAAUGUAACCUCCACGUAGGGAAAUGUUUUUCACCACUGUAUCUCUACCAUGUAGAACUGUGUUUGGUUCCUAAUAGGGUGCAGCAAUCACUGAAGAAAGUGGAGAAAAAUCCCUAUAAUUAGGACAGAUAUUUGAAAAUUCUAGUCGGUUUCCUAACCUAAAUUCAUGUUAAUUUAUAUUCAAAUGGAGUCCUGCAAGUAGCCUUAAUAACAUUAGUUUUAAAAUAUAUUAAAGUACAAAAAAUCAUGUAAUACUGCCAUCCACUUUAAUACAAACUAGCCAAAGACUUGUGAAUGGCACCCAUCCUUCAUACAGCCUCAGUUCUUUGUACAUUCUAUCAUCAAAUGUGUACAUUAUUAUUUUUAGCAUCAUUGGUUUUACUUUAUAUACUGAGAAAUACUGUUUUAUUAAUCCAGUAACGUGAUAUACAAGUUACAUGAUUGGAAUUUUUGGACCCUAAUUCAUUAUGGCAAGGUUUUACUGUAACUCUAUGAAAGUGUUAAAAGUAGUUUACUGAUGACAAAAAGUUUCUUAGUAAACUUAAGUUGUUAAUAA